AAACAAUGAAUCCAGAAGAAGAUUAUCCAAGAUUUUCACCAACUUCAUCAACGAAUGAAACAUUUAUCCGAGAAUUUCGUUCGUACGCACAAGAUGCCGCUCAAUUUGAAUUUGCCGAUUCGAUGCCUUUCAAUCAUAAUGAUGAUGAUAAUUCAAUUCGACCAACAACUACGAUUACGGCUGUCACAUCAACAUCAAUGGACGUGGCCGAUGUUCCAGAAAAUCUCAAUUUCAAUCUUUCAAAUGACAAUGACAAUGAUCGAUUUUCUUUGCCAUCGCCAUCGAUCGAAUCGAUCUAUUCACAACAAUCAAUAUCAUCAUCCACAUCGAAUGAUUGGAUAAGAAAUAAUCUUCCAUUAUCUUCACAAUCCUCAUCGUCCAGAAGUACUUUGAUGGACAUUUCCAAUCGAAUGAACUUGAGCAUUUCGAAUAAUCCAAUCGCAAAACAUAAUCGUUCUUCAUAUGGUCGAAAUAGUACAUCAUAUAAUCGUUCAAAAACAUUGAAUACAUCGACCAUAUCAACUUCUGGUGUAAAUGUAUCGAUCCAUUAUCAAUCUGAAAUUGUCAUGUCAAUUGUUGAAGGUCGUGGAAAAGCUAAAGGUGAAAUUGGAAUAGCAUUUAUCGAUCUAAAAUCUAUUCCUAUUUUGAAAGUAUCACAAUUUGUUGAUAAUUAUUCUUUGGAAGCAUUACGUUCAAAAUGUCAAGUUUAUACACCGGUCGAAAUAAUAUUUCCACAUACAAUGUCAUCGAAUAAUCGUAUGAUGUCAACAUUGAUCGAAUCAUUUCCCGAUAUUGUAUAUCGUCCAUUUAAUAGAAAAUUUUUCAAUGAAAAACGUGGUUUCGAUAUCAUUCGUAUGCUGGCCUAUGAUGAUUGUCAAUGGAUUGAUUUACAAUUGGAUAAUAAAUAUUAUUGUUUAGCUGCUUGUUCGGCAUUGUUUCAUUAUCUUAUUGUUGUUCGUCAAAUUCAAUAUGCACCAAAAUCGAUAAAAAUAAUUUAUCAAAGUUCAUUAAACACAAUGAUUAUCGAUCCACUUACAACUAAAAUUCUUGAAUUAAUAAUCAAUCUAGCCGAUCCAAAAAGUUGGCAUACAUUAUUCGAUACGAUAAAUCGAACCAGAACAAAAUCCGGCCAUAUUUUACUUCGAUCUAAUAUCCUACAACCUACAACAAACUUACAAUUGAUUAAUAAACGUUUAGAUAUGAUAGAGGCAAUUUCUUGUUCAAUAGAAAUAUUCAAUAGUUUCGAAAAUAUUCUCGAAAGUUUUGGUAUGGUUGAUCUUGAUCAAUUGCUUGUCAAUAUGGUAUUGGUUCCUGUCAAAGCUAAUCAAUCCUAUGAUGAGGAUAGAUCAAUAAAUUCAAGUGAAUCAUCAGCGACGACGAAUAUUGGCAUCAAAUCUGUAUCAGCCGUUUCGAUACGUUUCAUUGAAAAAAAGAUUGACUAUGUUAUCAAUAUGAAACAUGUUGUUGCAUUAGUUGAUCAUUUACGUGAUUUACUUAUCAAAUGUAAUCCGGAACUUUUUGCUGAAUAUAUUGAACUUUUAAAUGAUCCUGGUUAUGAUCAGAUCAAAACCAUGGUUGAUAAGGUUAUCAAUAGUGAAGCUAAAUGUGUAAAAUCAGCUUUUGGACUUGGUGCAACAACAGGAAAAACAAAUACAUUCAAUAGUACUGGAUCAGCGGCAAUGAAAUUGGAACGUUGUUAUGCAAUCAAAGAUCGUUUUAAUCCUAUGUUAGAUAUUGCCCGUAGUAUGUAUUCGGAAACAAUUGAUGAUAUUGUAGCAUUAGCUAUGGCUUAUGAAGUCAAAUUCAGUUUACCUGGUAUUCGGCUUAAUUUCAACACAUCCAAAGGAUUUCAUAUGCAAAUUAAACCGAUGAAAAAUAAAAACAAUGAUAACAACAAAAAUUUCGAUCGUGAUCAACAAAAACGAUUACCAUCAAUUUUUAAAGAUGUUCAUAUCACUAAAAAUUGUAUCUCAUUUACAACGGAAGAUUUGAUGCGUCUCAAUAAUCGAAUACGACAAUCGAUUGAAGAAAUUUAUCUACAAAGUAAUGAUAUCAUUACUAAAUUAAUUGAACAAAUUCGGACAAAAAUUUCAUGUCUCUAUAAUCUGACCGAUAUUGUGGCCAACAUUGAUCUCGUUUAUUCGUUUGCCUAUCAAAGUUUAUGUGCAAAUUGGGUACGACCUCAAUUCAGUUCUCAUUAUACCGAAAUUAUUCAGGGAACACAUCCGAUACUUGAUAACAUAUCCGGAGGAAAUUCGGUACCGAAUUCAAUAUUCUUAAGCAAUGAUCUUAAUUUUCAUAUUAUAACCGGUCCAAAUAUGAGUGGAAAGACGACUUUUUUGAAACAGAUUGGUCUUAUACAGAUAUUGGCACAGAUUGGUUCAUUCGUGCCGGCACAAAUUGAUACAACAUUUCGUUUAUGUGACAAAAUUUUCACUCGAAUGGCGUUGAAUGAUAAUCUACAGAUGAAUAGUUCAUCGUUUAUGGUCGAAAUCAAAGAAUUACAUUAUAUACUCAAUCAUGUUUCCCCAAACUGUCUAAUACUGAUCGACGAACUUGGUCGGGAUUCUAGUCCCGAUUCGUAUGAUGAAAAUGCUGCUGUUGUCGAUACUAUGAUGAUGGAAUCAACUUUUCCAACAUAUUGGUCGUUUUGUGAAUCAUUACUAAUGUUUCAAUCAUCUUUUACUAUUUUUGCCACACAUUUUCCCCGGCUUACAUCAUUGUCAAAAUAUUAUUUCAACGUAAGCAAUCAUCAUUUUCGUUCUGAAGAACGAUUAGAAAACAAUCUGGUUUGUAAAUAUCCGCACAUAUUACAUCCGGGUAGAACACGAGAACAAUUCUAUGGAAUUCUUUUAGCCGAACAAUCAGGCCUAGAUGAAAAAAUUAUUUCAGAUGCCAAAAUAAUCUCUCAAAGUUUUCGGCCAUCAUCAUCAUUGUCUCGUUCAUUAUCAAUGAGAACAUUGUUAAAUAUUAGUGAUUCAUCUACUGUCGAUAAUGAAAAUUUAGACAUUUCUAAUGAAGAAUGUAUUGAUUUACAAGUUAAAUAUCGAAUCGCAUCAAGAUUAUUACAUUUUAAAAGGAUAAAUCCACAAGCUGAAAUCACUGCUACAAUGAUACGAGAUUUACAAAUUUCGUACGAAGAAUUACGACAAGAAUUUUUGGAUCAGUAA